ACUUAAAAAUAGAUUGUGAAGCAUCUCUAAAAACACACUACUAAAAAUUACAGCUUGUAAUAGUAUUGAAGGCACAGUGAAAUCUUAAUCUUCAUUUGGUUGUCUUGAGUAAAUCUUAAAGAUUGAAUGUUUUUGCAAGAACUUUCUUUAUGGUUUUAUGUGGUUAGAACUGUGGUUUCUUUCCAAGUAUAUCAGAGUGCUGGUUGUUUAAAUCGCUAUAAUGCAAAAUCUGUAUUGAGUGAAAGAAAAAGUUGUGUUCUUGUUUCCUUCAAAAUAUAUUGCAUCAAUUUAGAUGUAAUUGAAUUGUCGUUUAUUUAGAGAGCUGGAACUGCAGUAUUUUUAUAGCCUAUUGAAUAGUGGUCUCCUGGAAAAGUCUUUAUAUUGAAAUUGAUUUUUUUCCCUCUCUUCUGUGCAUGUUAAUCAAGUCUAUAUAUAGGAAGAUAUGUACUUACUUCUGAAGCAUUGAUAACUUAGGAUGAACCAGUCUCUGCUUCACUUCUUGCACACUGAUUUUAUUUGAGAAAUGAACAUUUUCUUUGUUAAAUAGAUUAAAAUAUUAUAUACGCUCAAAAUUUACAAUUAGUGUUUUGAUUGUAGCAACUUUAUUUUCAAUACAUACGUAGCAUUUUAAUACCAAAAUGGUUGACUCUUCUGCACUUGACUUCUUUUGUGAUUCAUUUCCAGUUGCACAUAUAAAUGUUGGGUUAUUAAUGUGUAAUAAGGGAUAAGGAAUGACAGGCAACUUGAAGCCUUAUCACGAUCAACAAUUCCUGAGGAUUUUCUAAGUUUGAGAAAUGGAUACAGAAAGUUUGCAGAGAAGCUGAAACACUGUAGUGUACCACUGGGCAGGACAAGUCAGGAAUGAGCCAGCCUUGGGAAGGAGGACCUGCCAUCCUAGCUGGAGACGUCUGAAGAGAGGACAUUUUAGUCUUGUGGCAUGCUUCAGUAGAAAUUAUUCAGAAAAAGAUGGCUGGCUGUGGUGAAAUAGAUCAUUCAAUCAACAUGCUUCCCACAAACAGGAAGACAAACGAGUCAUGUACUAAUGCAGCACCUUCCCUGCCAGUCCCCGAAUGUGCUAUCUGUCUGCAAACAUGUGUCCAUCCUGUAAGUCUGCCUUGUAAACAUGUUUUCUGCUAUCUGUGUGUGAAGGGAGCUUCUUGGCUUGGGAAACGAUGUGCACUCUGCCGGCAGGAGAUUCCUGAGGAUUUUCUUGACAAGCCAACCUUAUUGUCACCUGAAGAACUCAAAGCAGCAAGCAGAGGCAAUGGAGAAUAUGCUUGGUACUAUGAGGGUAGAAAUGGUUGGUGGCAGUAUGAUGAACGUACCAGCAGAGAGCUGGAAGAUGCCUUUGCCAAGGGUAAAAAGAGCACUGAAAUGCUAAUUGCUGGGUUUUUAUAUGUAGCGGAUCUUGAAAAUAUGGUACAGUAUAGGAGAAAUGAGCAUGGACGUCGCAGAAAAAUAAAACGGGACAUAAUAGAUAUACCAAAGAAGGGAGUGGCUGGGCUGAGGCUGGACUGUGACACUAACACUGUCAACCUGGCAAGAGAGAGCUCCGCCGACGGUGCAGACAGCACACUGACUCCAGGGGCUGCAGCUGUGCAGCCUCUAGCACCCAUUUCUGUGAGGCCCCUGCCAUCACUGGAUGGUCAGCUGUUGAGUCCUUCAACGCCAUCACCUGAUGCAAGUAAUUCUCUAGAGAACUCUUUUGCCCACUUGCAAAUAAAUGGAGACAGUAUGGCUGAGAGGAGUCAUAGGGGAGAGGGAGAAGAAGACCACGAAUCAUCGUCUUCUGGUAGGAUGCCAGCCCCCGACACCUCUGUUGAGGAGACCGAAUCGGAUGCCAGCAGCGAUAGCGAGGAUGUGUCUGCCCACAUUCAGCACCACUCGUCCUCUGUCCAGCAGAGACACUUGAAUGCCAGUGCAAACCAGUCAGGAGCAGAUAGACCAGUGGCAGGGGGUGGGGUGGUAAACACAAGUGUAAGAUCUAGAAGGCCAGAUGGACAGUGCACAGUCACUGAAGUUUAAAUCUAGAGCCAUGCAAAAAAAAACUCACUUGUAAUUUUCUGUAAAUUUCCUGUCCACAUUGGCAUCACACUCAACCUAGCAGUGUGUUUGGUGGGAGGGUGGGGUGAAGGGGAGAAACAGAUUUGGCCUGUUUUAACUUAAGUUUCUUAACAUGUCUCAGCUGGAAGAUUCUUAACUAUAGGAAACUGGGUUGUCCUGUUAAUGGUUUGAAAGCUGCUUAGCAAUGCUCAGUUUUCUUGAGAAUGUCUUGUGUUUAUUUUGUAGCAUUUUCCCCUGGAGAUACUCUAUCCCUCUUUAGCCAAUGUAUAUCUACUGUACAACUUGAAUUGUCUUCAUUACCUGACUGUUGCAUUAAGUGUCUUACUACUUUCUGCAUGGAUUGAUGUAUGAAAAGAACACUAAAGCAAUGUGGAAUCAGGCAAGGUGUUGAGUGUGAAGCAGGAUGCUUAAUUUAAUGUGAGAAAAUAGAUGUGAGUUUGAAGUUAAAAUGUGUUUUUGCUAGACAAGAGCAAUCAUUUACUUUCUUUCAAUGGAAAUGUAAAAAUGCUGUUAACUUGUGUUGCAAAUCCUAUACGCUCUCCAUGGCUUUUUCACUGGCUUUGCCAUCUAGUCCUUGUAGUUUUGUUUUUGAAGUCUUUCUUGAUCUGUCUCAUUUUUGUUACAGGAUUUAUAAUUUAAUAAAACUACAUUUUAUCAGUAACAA